AUGGCCUGCACUGUGGAACCACUGGCAAAGAAGAUCUUUAAAGGAAUUUUAGUAGCUGAAGUUAUGGGCAUUUUUGGAGCUUAUUUUUUGUUUAAUAAAAUGAACACAAGCCAAGAUUCCAGGCAAACAAUGAGCAAAAAAUUUCCCUUCAUCUUAGAAGUUUAUUACAAGUCCCUUGAACAUUCUGGAAUGUAUAGAAUCAGCAAGAUAAAGAAAAGUGGAUGA